AUGACGUUGCCUGCAGAGGAAGCUGACGUCCAGAGGCUGGAUGAAGCCUCUCAGUCACAGGAUGCUUCCACCCAGCACGUUGUCCUGAAAACUCCUCUCAUCAGGAUCCCCCUGAGCUUGUCUCCGGACUCGGUGGACGACAUGUACUAUGGCUGCUCCCAGAGGAUGCUGAUCAAGGUGAAACAGCACUAUCUUAAUCAGAGCUCCACACAGGAACUGCACACCACCUACACAAAGCUCUGUGCCCUCAGAGCCAUGAAGAUCAGGGACAGCUACGACCUGCUGUCCUGGGAUCACUUCAGGGCUCUGUGCGCGUACACAGCGGGGGCCUACGACGGCUUGAACCGCGCCGUCCGGAAGGGGAGGGAAUCCUACAAGACCUCGUUUGAGUUCCACGCUCUGCACUUCCUGCUGUCUGACGCCAUCAGGCUCCUGAAGCUCAACCAGAGGAACUGCUACACCUCCUACCGGAGGAGCAAGCUGCUGUUCAGCGGGGAGCUGGGACAGAUCGUCCGCUUCGGCUCCUUCGCCUCCAGCUCCCUCAACGAGAACCUGGGUCACUUUGGCAGGAAGACCUGCUUUGAGAUACGCACCUGUUUCGGGGCUUACCUGAAGUCCUACACAGAGUUUGACUCGGAUGAGGACGAGGUGCUGAUUCCUCCGUACGAGAUGUUCACUAUCGUCUCUAUUGACACGUCAGGACAAAACCAUUUACAGUGCGAGGUUUUCUACCAGCUUGAAACAGCUGGAAUCUACAGCAGCACCAACUGUCAAGCUGUGGACCUUUAA